CCGGCACAAUGAAAGGCAACUACAGCUUGCAUGCUAUGGGCCUACAGGGUAUAAAGGGAGGAGGUCAUGCAGGAUUUGCGUGUGGUCUCGCUGUCCUCGGCUGUCGUUACCUUUGCUCAAUCUCUUGCACAUCGUCUUGCGAGACUUGACCUUCCACUCCUUGUAUCUGUGACUUUGACACGCUCGUUUCGUCAUGUCGACUAAGAUGUUCGCUGCUGUCGUCUCGGCCCUGUCUGCGCUCGCGCUCGUCGCCGCAGAGACCCACACGGUCAACUUCUACAACAACUGUGGCUACGGGACGCCUGUCCUGCGAAGCCAGAGCGGCGAAGUCCUCUCCCAAGGCGAGGACUACACAAGCGACGGCGCGCUCGACGGUGCCAUCGCCUACCUGCAGACCGGCGGCUGCGGCGGCAACGGCGAGGGCUGCACGCUCGUCGAGCUGACGCUCACGAACGGCUGGAGCAGCGCGGACAUUUCGCUCAUCUCUCCGCACGAGUUCUCCGUCACGAGCGGGUUCGGCUAUUGGAACGGAUGCGACAACACCGGCACCGAUUGCUCUUCCACGGACUGCGGUCAAGCGUUCCACAACUCGGACGACAACGUCGUCCAGGUUGGCUGCUCUGCUGACGACGUCAACCUCGCUAUCACUUUCUGCGACUGAGAUGUUUAGGAUCCAGGGCCUGCUGUGCGGGUGUCCCUCACUAGAUGCGGAGAGGAUAGAGAAUAUGUGAUAGAAGGUGUAUCCCUGAUUGGAUGUAUAAUUGCUGGUCGUAUGUAGCGAUGUAGAACACAAUCAUGUGUCAUAUUAUAUGGGGCAGCGAUGUGAUAGUCUGUUCCGUUAUCCACG